AUGGUGGCUUUCGGCGCCGGAGCGUUUCUCCUGACGCUACGUGUUCUCCUUUCCGCAGCCCCAUCUUCUGCCGUCCCUGUUGCUCAAGCACCAGCUGCCCCAGCACCAGCACCACAGGCUGGUGGUUCUGGUUUCUGGAUGCAGAGUAUCAAGCGUCAAGGCCAGGCUGCUUUCAACCCUAACCCCCAAUCCUACCAAGUCUUCCGUAACGUCAAGGAGCUAGGAGCCAAGGGUGAUGGCGUUACUGACGAUACCGAGAUCAUUAACAAGAUUAUUGCUGACGGCGACCGUUGUGGUGAGGGCUGCGACUCCACAACCACUACCCCAGCUCUCAUCUACUUCCCUGCCGGUACCUACAUUAUCAGCAAGCCCAUCAUUCAAUACUACUACACCCAGUUCAUCGGCGACCCAUUGAACAUGCCUGUCUUGAAGGCCACUGCCGACUUCGAAGGUAUGGGCUUGAUCGAUGCCGACCCCUAUAUCCCAGGUGGCGAUGGAGCCAACUGGUACACCAACCAGAACAACUUCUACCGUCAGGUCCGCAACUUCGUUAUCGACAUCUCUGCUACAAAGGUCGCCGCUGGUAUUCACUGGCAGGUCUCUCAAGCCACCAGUCUGCAAAACAUUGUUUUCGAGAUGGCCAAGGGUGACGCUGGCAAGGACCAGAAGGGCAUCUUCCAGGACAACGGCUCUGGUGGUUUCAUGACUGACCUGACCUUCAAUGGUGGUGCCAUUGGUGCUUUCAUGGGUUCCCAGCAAUUCACCAUCCGCAACAUGACUUUCAAUGAUUGCGGUACCGCCAUCUUCCAAAACUGGAACUGGGUCUUCACCUACAAGAGCAUCUUCAUCAACAACUGCAAGGUCGGUCUCGACAUGGCCAACAGUCCUUCUAACCAGACUGUUGGUUCCGUUCUCCUUCUUGACAGCAAGCUCACCAACACUCCCAUUGGCAUCAACUCCUCUUUCACUGAGAACAGCAUCCCCACCACUGGCGGUACCCUCAUCCUUGACAAUGUCGACUUCAGUGGGUCGGAGAAGGCUAUUGUUGGUGCUGCUGGCAACACUAUCCUUGAAGGUGGCCGCAAGAUCGACGCCUGGGCUCAGGGUAACGCUCUUGCUGCUGGGUCGACCCAGGGCCGUGUUCAAGGCGAUAUCAGCGGUGCACCUGCAAAGCCUAAGAGCCUCCAGGGUGAGAAUGGUUGGUUCGAGCGCAGCAGGCCCCAGUAUGAAAAUGUGGAUGUCUCCAAGUUUGUCAGCCUCAAGUCCAAAGGUGCCAAAGGCGACGGUGCGACUGAUGACACUGCCGCUCUCCAGUCUGCUAUUGAUGGCCUUCAGGAAGGUGAGAUCCUCCAUGUCGACCACGGUACCUACCUCAUCACCAAGACCGUUACCAUCCCUGCCGAGAAGAACGUCAAGAUUGUUGGCGAAGUCUACAGCACCCUCCUCAUCACCGGCAAGUUCUUCUCUGACAUGAACGACCCCAAGCCUGGUUUCAAGAUUGGUGCCAAGAGCGGCGACAAGGGUACUUUUGAGGCUUCUGAUCUCAUCAUCGGUACACAGGGUCCCGCUCCUGGUGGUAUCUUGAUGGAAUGGAACAUCAACGCCGAGAAUGGUGCAGCCGGUCUCUGGGACGUUCACUUCCGUGUCGGUGGCUACGCCGGUACCAAGCUCCAGUCCUCCAACUGCAAGAAAAACCCCGAUGCCGAACAUCAGCCCAACCCAGAGUGCAUUGGUACCUUCAUGCAACUGCACAUCACCAAGAACUCGAACGGCUACUUCGAAAACGUCUGGCUCUGGACUGCCGACCACGAGCUCGAUCAGGACGACCACUCUCAGAUCGACAUCUACAACGGUCGCGGUAUGCUUGUUGAAUCCCAAGGUCCAGUCUGGAUGUACGGAACCGCCUCUGAGCACUCUCAAAUGUCGCAGUACCAGUUCUCCGGUGCAAAGGACAUCUUCUACGGCGCCAUCCAGACCGAGACUCCCUACUACCAGCCAAACCCCACUGCUGCCGUUCCUUUCACCAAGAAUGACAAGUUCUUUGAUCCGGAUAUGAGCCAGGCCAAGGCUGCGUGGGCCGUUCGCGUCACUGACGGUAGCGAGAGCAUCUGGAGCUACGGCGCGGGUACCUACUCGUUCUUCCAAAACUACGCACAGGAUUGUGUUGUUGGCCAGAACUGCCAAGAACACAUGAACGAAGUUGUCAACUCGACCAAUGUCAACUGGUUUGGUCUUUCGACAAAGGCCUCGGUCAACAUGAUCACCUCGGGUGGCAAGGGUCUCGCUAAGGAUGAGGACAAUCGCUCCAACUUCUGCGCUACACUGGCCAUCUUUGCGCAAGCAUAG